AUAAACCCAAAAACUAAGAACCAAAAAAAAAAAAAAAAGCGAGUUCGCUUUGUUCGUGUGAGAAAAAAAGAAGAAGAAAAGUAAGCGUUGAAGUUGAAGUGAAAAUUCGCAGACUCUUCGUCGAAAUUUCUUCAGAUUCUCCAUUUUCGCUUUCGAUUUUCAUCUUUUUCAUAGCUUUUCUAUCCAAUCGAAUCCUCCUUUUUCCUUUCGUGUUAUUCUCUUUUUCAACAACGGAAUCUGUUAACAACGAAAAAGAACUUGAAGUUUUAUUUAACUGGGAAGAGUUGUUGCUGUAAGAUUAUUUUCUUUCCUUUCAAUUUCUCUACAAGCAAACAGUGAGGAAUUGAGAAGAAUGCAAACGAGGUAUAUGGAGAGAUCGAAUAGUAUGGCGAGAGAGAAACGAAGCUUAGAUUCAACUGCGAUCGAGGAAGAUCAGCCUGAGAGGAAACGACCUGCUUUAGCUAGUGUGAUUGUUGAAGCUCUGAAGGUCGACAGUCUGCAGAAACUUUGCUCAUCAUUGGAGCCUAUUCUACGAAGAGUUGUUAGCGAAGAAGUGGAGCGCGCUUUAGCAAAAUUAGGCUCUGGCAGUCUUACUGAGAGAUCUUCUCCAAAGCGAAUAGAAAGUCCAGAUGGAGGAAAUUUACAGCUACAAUUUAGGACCAGGUUGUCCCUUCCCCUCUUUACUGGUGGAAAAGUGGAGGGCGAGAAGGGCGCUGCCAUACAUUUUGUCUUGAUUGAUGCAAACACAGGCCGUGUUGUCACGUCCGGCCCAGCGUCAUGUGUCAGACUAGAUGUCAUUGUACUUGAAGGGGAUUUCAAUAAUGAGGAUGACGAUGCUUGGAGUCAAGAAGAAUUUGAGAGCCAUGUUGUGAAAGAGCGAGAAGGAAAACGACCUCUUCUGACUGGUGAACUGCAAGUGACCCUGAAGGAGGGUGUAGGAACUCUGUCUGAUCUUACAUUUACAGACAACUCUAGCUGGAUAAGAAGUCGGAAGUUUAGGCUGGGGCUAAAAGUUUCCUCGGGUUGUUGUGAGGGAGUGCGUAUUCGUGAAGCCAAAACAGAGGCUUUCACUGUUAAGGAUCACCGUGGAGAAUUAUACAAGAAACACUAUCCACCUGCCUUGACUGAUGAGGUAUGGAGAUUGGAGAAGAUUGGCAAGGAUGGAUCCUUUCACAAAAGGCUAAAUAAAGCCGGAAUAUGUUCUGUUGAAGACGUCCUACAACUUGUGGUUAGAGACCCACAGAGAUUGCGGAAUAUUCUGGGGAGUGGCAUGUCAAAUAAAAUGUGGGAAGUUCUUGUUGAACAUGCUAAGACUUGUGUCCUCAGUGGAAAACUCUAUGUAUACUAUCCUGACGAUGCAAGGAAUGUUGGUGUUGUUUUCAAUAAUAUCUACGAGUUGAGUGGCCUAAUCACCAAUGACCAAUAUUACUCUGCUGAUUCUCUCUCUGAUAGCCAAAAGGUUUAUGUGGACACAUUGGUGAAGAAGGCAUAUGAGAAUUGGAUGCAUGUUACUGAGUAUGAUGGCAAGUCUCUGUUAAAUUACAAUCAGAACAGGACUUUGGGUAUGGCCCAACAUCAGGUUCCACCGAGUUCACAUGACUAUUCUAUUUCAAACUCACAUGAUCAGCAGAUUUCUAUCCCAAGUCUACCAGUUCAUGUUCCUACAGGACAACCUUCAAUGGAUGCUGGUAUAAAUGUUGGAGGUUAUCAUCACGGUACAACUACCAGAUUCUCAAUGCAACCACAGAAUGCCGAUCUUAAUUCUGCUCUUCAGUUUGGUAAUACUACCUUCCCUCUACAAAACCUGCUGAUGAGUGCUCCACACCAACCUCAACUUCUAAGAAAUGAAAAUGAGUUGUCACUUGGUCCCCCACAAUCAGCCACUCCUGGCUUUCAGACUCCCGGCCUUUCAGAUCCUACUUUUAGAGGAUUUGAUGACUUCUUCCCGGAAGAGGAUAUUCGAGUUAGAAGUCACGAGAUGCUAGAAAAUGAAGAUAUGCAGCACCUGCUCCGUAUCUUUGAUAUGGGAGGGCAACCUCAUACUUCCUUUAAUGCUCCUGAAGAAGCAUAUCCUUAUUCAUCUGCUUACUUGCCUGCAACCUCCAUGAACUACAACGUAGAUGAUGAGCGAAACCGUUCUUCAGGGAAGGCUGUUGUUGGCUGGCUCAAGCUAAAGGCAGCUUUGAGAUGGGGCAUUUUUAUUCGGAAGAAAGCUGCUGAGAGACGGGCACAACUUGUUGAGCUGGAUGACUCAUAGAAUAUGAAACAGGAGCCAUCUCAUGUGAUGUUGCGAGCAACAAUAUUUGCGGUUGUAGCAUCAAGUGCUUCUUUUCUGACAUUUAGAAACUGCUAUCACGCUGAAGUUUUGUAGCAUCAGUAGACAUAAUAUCUUGAUUGGAUUAUUUUUUACAGCCUAAACUUAAAGCUCCCACCGUGCCUUCACAAACAGUUGUGCAGCAACCUCUGCUGCACAGGAAUUUCACCCUGCAACAUCUCAUAUAUGUUUUACUUAUAAUGUUUUUUCACUCUACUGUCUAUCCUGGUCGACAAGGAAACCUGACAGUUUUUACCACCUGGUUCGAGCAGAAGAGUCUUCAACAACUUUAAACUCCUAGGUUCUCGGUCUGGAAAUUCGGAAAACUAGGUUUGUUUGUUGUAGACAGUUAGCAGGAUGUACUGAGUUGUUAUAUAUAAGCUACACUACAUAGGUCGAAGUUGAACCUAACUUGUGUGUUGUGUAAUUUUCUUGCUGUACAAUAUUUACUAUCAACAAUAAAUUAUUGGGUUUGGAA